AUUGGAUUGAUAACUCUUUACCGUGUACUCCUAACCAGCGCGCGCGGGGUAAAUAUUUCCGAGGUCCUGUAAUAGGUAUUCCACCGUUGGCCUGGCAACACAAAUGAUUUAGACCGGAAGUUGUGUUCAGUCAAUGAUUGGAGAAUGUCGGUGGGUGUUGCAGUGUUUUUCUUAUCGUCAUUGGAUUUCCUCUCCGCCGCUCAAGAGUCGCUGCAGCUUCUUUUUGGGGCACUUCCUGAGCAGCCAAAGCAUUCACAGCCAGCGACUCGCUGUCGUCGUGAACGGGAGACAAGAUGAGGAACAGAGAUGUGUGGGAGGGAACGUAAGGCUUCAAUCAUGGACAUAAGGAUGACAUAAACUGAAGACCACCCCAAACUGUCCUUUGCCCUUUUUCCCUUGUUUUCAUUGAGUUUCUUUUUCCUUCUGUUGUUCUAUGUUUUGUUUUUGUUUUAGUUUAUUGUACCACACUACUGUCUUGCCAUCUGACCUUGCCACUCCUCUUAUCUCACUUUAAUGCAUAACUGAUAUUUAAGAACACAAUAGAGGUAUCAAAGGUCUUAAAAAAAUCUACACUUCAUAUGUUUAUGGCAUCAAUUACACUUCAGGCUUCACUUGCCAUCUAAUGUACUUAACUUAAAAUCUUGUGUAUUGGUUUAAUCUUUGAAAAUUUGUCUUAAUUAAUACUAUUGAUACUAAUCUGUGCUUUAUACAAUUACACCGUUUAUUUAAUGUGUGUUUAUGUUAAACAGCUGCUCUUGCAUUUUAUUACUAUUUUAAAAAGUGUCUUGAGCUUGUCAUAUUUACAGAUUUUUGUAUUUCUGCCAUCUGUUGAGAAGAACCUUUUGUUUAAAUGACUGACUGUGCAUUCUGAGCUCUGCUGUGUUGAAGUUUGGCCUGUCUGUUUCUGUUAGAUUAACUGGCAGGAGGCUGUGGCAACAGAAAACCCUUCAGUUAAAAUUCGGAUGGCUAGAUUCUGUGACAUGAUUGGUUGUUUUGUUUUUUCACACCUUCACUGGAGGAUUUUUCUGACCAAAUGCCUCAUCAAACUGGAAGUUUUAUUUUUCAAAUGAAGAUCUCGUCUGUGGAGCAGAUGAAGUUUUGGAACAUUACACUUUUUAUGACUUCAGGGUUAAUCAGACGUUCAGAAACCUUAUUGAUUUUGUUGGUUUUUUUCCUGUGAAUCUUGAAGAGCUUCCAAAUUCCUCUUUUUAGCUUAUUACUGCAGAAAUUUGUCUGCUUUGUUUGUUGAGAAGCAAGUUUAAUCGCCUUGAAGAAGAAGGAUGCGAUCCCCUGAACCGUCCUCGUCGCCUCCAGCAGAAGCCCUGCUUCAUGGCCAGUUUGCUAGCUGGGGGUCAGGCACCAACAGCAACAGUAACAGCCGUCCCAGCAGCCCCGGCGGCCUCGGAGGACUUUCCCCUGCUGCAUCCCCAACAUCUCCUCCAGUGUCCAACUAUGCCUUGACUCUCACGCACAGCCACAUUCACAUUCAGAGGCUGUCCCCAAAGUCAGGGAAGGAAGCCCGACUGCUGCUGCCUCUGUCUGAGCUGGUGGGGUGCAGCUGCCCCCGCUCCCCUGCACCCCCACUGUUUGUGUUGUACUGGUACCCCCCAGGGAAACGAAGGAAAGGGGUGUCCCGUCGCAGGCAGGUGAGGGCCUAUCUAGCUGAAAGCAGGCCUGAAGCUGAAAGGUGGUCUGCUGCUGUACAGUGUCUCCUCAGAGGGGUGACUGUUACUGCUGACACCGAAUUUUCGAGAAGUCUUCUACCUCGUCCCAGGCGGCUGCUGUUAUUGGUGAAUCCAUUCAGUGGAAGGGGCCAAGCAAUGCAAUGGUGUCAGACCCACAUCCUGCCAAUGAUUAGAGAGGCCAAUAUCAGCUACAACCUCAUACAGACUGAACGGCAGAAUCAUGCAAGAGAGCUCAUCAGAGAAGUGUCCCUCUCUGACUGGGAUGGCAUCGUCAUUGUCUCUGGAGAUGGCUUGUUGCAUGAGGUAAUUAAUGGUUUAAUGGAGCGUCCAGACUGGGAACAAGCAAUAAAAACACCUGUCGGCAUUCUGCCCUGCGGUUCCGGGAAUGCGCUGGCUGGUUCCAUCAAUCACAACGCAGGGUAUGACAUGUGCCUUCGAGAGCCCCUCCUAUUGAACUGCUGCUUUCUGCUAUGUCGAGGCGGGGUGCGACCGAUGGACGUGGUCUCCGUGACAACGAGCCCUGCUCCGUCCAACAACAGUCAUCCUGCAGCACCCAGGAGAGUCUUUUCCUUUCUUUCUGUUGCCUGGGGCUUUGUGUCUGAUGUAGACAUUGAAAGUGAGAGAUAUCGUGGCUUGGGCUCAGCCCGCUUCACCCUGGGCACUUUAGUUCGCAUAGCUUCGCUCCGAUCCUACAAAGGCCGCCUGUCCUUUCUGCCUCCCUCUGUCGUCCCUUCAUCCUCAGAUGGCACGACCCCCCCGCCGAGGAGACCCCUGUCCCGCAGCAUCACUGAAGGCCUGGAGGGGUUUUGCCGAUUGCCCAUACACCGCACCUGCUCUGACAUGGGCAUCAGCGAGCAAAGAAGUCUGCGGAGGGGUGAAGGAGAAAGGGAAAAGGAGGAGAGGCAGAGGGAAAGGGAGAGGAGAAGGGAGAGGGCCAGAGGGGGAGGAACUGGUGUGGUGAGGGCGAGCAGCCUUGCGGAGGACAGGGAAAAGGAGGGGGAGCUGGAGGCAGAGGAUGACAAGUCAAGGACUUGUUCAGAAAGGUCCGGGACAAGUUCUGAAUCGAAUGAAAUGAAUAAAGAAAGGUUGGAGAAAAUUGAAGACGAGGGAACAUUUGGACAAGAGUCUGUUGAGAUGGAGGAGGAUAGAGGGCAGGAUGGAGGAGGGAGUGGCGACUCUGUUGAAGAAGAGGAAGCGUUAGCCGCAAGAGAGCUAGAUGAGGGCUACGGGGUGGACAUGGGGCAAGAGGCGGAUGAAGAAACAGAGGAGUCCAUCACUUACCCAGACGACCCUCAGCGUGCCAGACAGGGCGUUAGGAAGAAUUCAGCCCCGUCCAGUGAGAUCUGUAACGACCUGUCGAGUCAGCCUCUGCAUAAGGUGGCUGACGCAGAUUCAAGCACAGCAGAUGGGGUGGAGGACAUAGAUCUGAAUGGAACCUACUUCCAGAAAGAUCCUUACACAGAUGUGGCUCGGGAGCGAUCUCUGACCAUCUCCUCUCCUUUUCGUCAUUCUCCCUUUUCUUUCAAGCAUAAAGCCCUGGACCAAAACCAAAACGCUUCCCGUCCAAGACCUCUGUCACUCCUGCAGCACUCCCACACUAACUCUCUCCCCCCUAAAAUGCCUUCCCUUUCACUGUCUCCUACUCCCCCGCCCUCCCCCUCUUGCGCCUCUCCACACUCAUCCUAUUACCUUAACCCUCGUCCAAACACGCCAAAUUCCUCCUCGCCCUCUCCGUCUGUCCGCACACCGUCCUCAUCUUUCAACUUUGACAUUUCCGAAGCAGCCAGACCCUUCAAGAACCGCCCGUUGGUCACGUUGCCUCCAGAUCUACCGAGAGACAACUUGUUACCCCCUCUUGACCAACCCCUCCCCACUAGAGACUGGGUGACCAUCGAAGGGGACUUUGUGUUGGUCUUGGCCCUUUAUCAAACCCACCUGGGAGCUGACCUUCACGCCGCACCUCAAGCCAAGUUUGACGACGGGCUCAUUCACCUGACAUUUGUGCGGGCAGGAAUCUCCAGAGCCACGCUACUAAGAUUGUUCUUUGCCAUGGAGAGAGGAACCCACCACUCCGUCAGCUCGCCGUACGUGAGCCACGUUACCUGCAAGGCCUUCAGGCUGCAACCUCUAUCUGCAAAAGGAACGCUCACCGUCGAUGGAGAACUUGUUCCUUAUGGGCCACUCCAGGCACAGGUUCAUCCUUCCAUGGCUCGUCUCAUUGUUGGAGACUACGGAGUGAAGAUUACCAGCUUUUAAUCAGGGAUCGGUGAAAUCGAUUGACAUAUCAGCGCUCUACUUUACCUUCAUCGGCAUCUAGCGCUGGGUGGACAGUGAGACUUAAACACGUAAACUUAGCCUGGAUUGCAGAAGCUGCAUUAGUAGUGUUUUUUUAUGAAAGGGAUAACCCACAGAGCCAUGCAUCACUGAAGAACAACUGCAGGGAUACGUUUGCAGAUGGAGGAAGGAGGUAAGUUUUGCACAGAUGUUGGAGCUUUCUGCGUUCCAAAAGAAACAUGAAAACUGCACAGCUUGGAUACUAAGAGGGCAAACCAGAUGAAUGUUUUUUUUUUUUUUUUUUUUUUUAUUAAUUAUGUGAAGGCGUGCAUAAUGGUGUGCAUGCUGAACAGCACUACCUGUCUUUCUUUUUUUUGUUUUGUUUGUUGCCUUACACUGAAUCAUAAAAACACAUAUACGUCCAGAGAAAGAUGUUCUUAAACGUCUCCUAUUUCUAAAUUUUAGUGUACCACACCUUUGGACCUUUUGAAGGAGUGCCUUAUCUGGCACUUCAGCUGCAUACUUCUGCCUGUUUUUUCUCCUGUAAGAAAUCGAAAUGAUCUUUGUCCUUCUGUCAGUGAUUUAGAUACCAAAAAGCUCAGAUCUUCUGCAGCGGAGAUACCAGAGGCUGCAAAUACACUUUUAAUGCCAAUAAGUUGAUGUAAUGCAGCAACAUUUGUAGAUGUUUCUGUUUCCUCCUUAACCUGUGGAUGUAAGGCACUAAUGUCAGUAAUAACAAACUGAAUAUGAGAACCAUGAAGUAUGGUUCUUUGCCAACGCCAGGCUCAUUUUAUUUUAACUGUCAGCUCCUGUUUAGUCCUGCAUGUGACACGUCAAUAUUUUUAAUUUACUGUUUACUGCCACAUACUUCCAUUAAUUACUACAACAGUUUUGCACAAUAUCUAAAAAUGAAGCAGACUUAAAUCAAGACUGUAUCAGGAUGACAUCCGGCAGAAUAAUAUGGGGAUGUUAGAAGGUGGAUUCACCAGCAAUGGCUUUGAAACUCUAAUAAGAAACACAUAUCAUCGACUUCAUUAUGUCAGCACUUUUUCUGGUCCAAUGUUCUCACUGACGGCUGUUGAAAGACGGGACUUUUUACACAAAUGUUGAGAAAGCAAGCAGACGACACUAAAAAUAGAUCAGUGCAGAACUUCUACAAAAGUAAUUUUCUAAAAAGACUCUUUACAGUACUUGUUCAAAAAUAAUAAGGUUUUAAUUUUUGUAAAUCUUGUUUACAUUCUUUGUUGGACUCGAGAAUAAAUCAUCAGCAUGUGCCAUCGGAUCUGUCAGUAAAUAAUGUGCCAACUGCUUGAAUCAUAAUCAGCAUACCACGCUGGGCCAAAUCUUUAUAGUAAGUCUUUAAAUUGAUGAAUUUUUGAAAUGUAAGUUCCUAGGUACCCUUUAGAUAAUGGAAACUGCAAUAUGUGUAUUUUGCAUUAGGUCUUAAUGGGUUCAACUUCAUUUCUGACAUUGAGUCAAAUUUUUGACACGUUUAUUGCUUCACAUUGCAGCUAGAACACUAUACUAACCUUGUGCUUACAUAGCUACAUAAUGUAAGUGCAGCAUGUCAGGUUGUUCUUGUGAAUUUGAAUUAUGUGAGAAUCUGCACACACUUUAAUUCUAAAAUCUGCCAAACCUUUUUUAGUUCACAUUGAAAGUCCGGCUAUGAAAGCUUACUUUUCUAAUCCUGUUGUUGUUUAGAGCCAGAAUGGGGUUAUAGUGUUAAACAUACGUUUGGUCUGAUUCCUUCCUUGACAAUGCCAGUAAGAUGUCUAUAGUUUGCUGCUUGUAAAGAAAUUGUAAUUAUUACUAAGCCAAUGAAAUCAUAUUAGAAUGUACAGUUUUUAGCUCUGUUUUCAAAUAAAUGUAGCUCAUCAAUUUGUCUUUUUUUUGUCACACUUUGUCAAUAAAAUAUGCAAGCCUUA